AUGCACAUACACAUCCUGUUUGGGAAGGUGAUCCUUGCUGGUGCCACGUACAUGGAUAUAAUGAAUUCUGGUGGUGGUAUACAGUAUACGGUUGAGCAGACAAACAAGGCUUCAGACGCAAAAUUAUUAUCCGUUUUUUUGAAUAGAUUGAAACGUAUGGUACGGGCUGGUACAACCUAUGUUGAAUGUAAAACCGGUUAUGGUUUAGAAUGGAAAUCUGAACUUCGAUUAUUGAAUAUUAUUAAAAGCGCAAAGUCACAAAUGCACAUUGGACUAUCGACAACAUACUGUGGAGCUCAUGCAUUACAAAAAAACAAAAGUGCUGAAGAAACGACAAACGAUAUUAUUAAUAAUCAAAUUCCAGCAUUAAAAGAUUUAAUACAAAAUGGAGAUUGUGAUGUACAAUCUAUCGAUGUUUUUUGUGAAAAAGGUGUAUUUGAUACUGAUCAAGCACGACGAAUUUUGUUGGCUGGAAAAGAAAUUGGUUUACGAGCAAAUUUUCAUGGUGAUGAAUUAAAUAAUACGGGCUCAGCUGAGAUGGGUGCAGAAAUCGAAGCACAUGCAAUUAGUCAUUUGGAAGAAAUAUCCGAUGCUGGUAUCAAAGCAAUGGCUGAUAAGAAAACAUUCGCUAUUAUAUUACCAUAUACAGGCUAUAUACUUCGAUUAAAGAUGCCACCAGUGAGAAAAAUGAUUGAAGCCGGUGUGCCCAUCGCUUUAGGAAGUGAUUUUAAUCCAAAUGCAUUUUCGUCGGCAAUGCCCGUGACAAUGAAUUUAGCAUGUGUUUUAUGUCAUAUGACUUUACCAGAAGCAUUGGUUGCUGCCACAAUUAAUAGUGCAGCAGCUCUUGGGAUAUCUGAUAAAUAUGGCUCACUGGAAAUCGGCAAGAAAGCCGAUCUUAUUUUAUGUCGUUGUCCAUCAUGGGAACAUAUUAUUUAUGAAUUUGGAGAUCAUGAACAUGUUAUUAAACAUGUGAUGAAAGAAGGUGUUAUUGUACACACAAAUUAUCUCGAAGAAGACAUUGAAUAG